UAGACGAUAAGCUGCCGAAGGAAAUUGCAAAUUUUCAGAAUUUGUUGACUAACGAAGCACCGGUGAUGUUGGACUUCCUAACGGAAUUGCGAAACAGUGGUUCUGGGGCGGAUCAGCUGCCCGGCAACAUAUACACCGAGUUCUUCGCGAACGUUAUCGAGGAGCCCAGGGAACAUGGAUGCAAGUCAGCGGAUCACGAUUUUACACCAGGAUUCUCCAUGCUGCGCACUUUCGAUACCGAAAAUAGCAAUCAAUUGGAGCCGCCGGCAGCCUCGGAUGCGGAUGUCUGGAUCUUUGGCUAUGGGUCGUUGGUGUGGAAGACGGACUUCCCGUACAUAGACCGACGACGCGGCUUCGUUUGGGGAUUCAAGCGUCGCUUCUACCAGCACAGCAUCGAUCACCGGGGUAUUCCCGAACGUCCUGGUCGCGUGGUCACCCUACUGCCAGGGGAUCCCGCCCAGGAUCGUGUCUAUGGGGUCGCCUAUCGCAUAGCUGCUAGUCAAAAGGGUGCUGUGCUUGACCAUCUGGACUACCGGGAGAAGAACGGGUACGAGCGCUGCAGCUUGGAGUUUCACGAGUAUCCGACUGACGGUGCAGAACCCAUCCAGGUGAUCAUAUACGUGGCCACGCAGGCGAACGAUUCCUAUGCUGGUGAUGUGUGGCAAGUUCCCUGUAUUGCGAGGCAAAUCUUCAGCUCGGCCGGUCCCAGUGGCCCCAAUCGCGAAUACCUGUUCAACCUGGCCGCCGCCAUGGAUCAGCUCUUUCCCGGUGCUGUAGACGAUCAUCUCGAAGAACUGGUGGCUUGCGUUAAGCGUUACAUUGUCGAGGAUGAGCCCCAGUUAAUACGCCAUGCGCUGUUGCAUGAGAUAUCCGGUAUUCUGGAGGAGGAGGAGCUAGCGGAGCAGGCCCACCAGCUGGAGAAGCUUUUGGAGCGAUGUCAGAAGCCUGGCGGACGCGAGUGGUUGAUCCACGGAGCACUGCAAGCCAAAAAUAAGUCGUGACACCCCAAUAUUUUGCAAUAGAAGACUACUGUUUAUUGUAAAUACCAAGAAGCUUGGGAAAUUUCUUUUUAGAUGCACCAUUCCAAAUAGACCAAUUGCAACGACGUGUUACAGAGGCUUCUGACGAAUCACAAUUACGAUUGUGAUUCAGUCAUGAACAUUAUUUAUUAUGAAUUUUGAAUAUAAAUUUAAAACAAACA